UGUAAUCAAUUUCCAAACUUUCGGAAGCUCGUGGUGUUUUAUGAACUUUGGAUGUGCACUGUGUUACGAUUUUACAGCUUUUCUUUGCGUUUGAUCUCCGGUGAAUAAAUUUUUUCCUGCUCACUUGUGCCUUGCGGACAGCAACUGCCAAUUUCUCUUCAUUUCAAAUCAAUUCAUCGCAAAAAUGUCUCUAGUAUCACGAUUGCGUCCUCUAUUCGACAGAGUUUUGGUAUUGAAAGCUGAGAAAAUAACUACCACGAAAGGUGGAAUAAUGUUACCUGAAAAAGCUGUCGGUAAAGUAUUGGAAGGAACUGUUGUAGCCGUUGGUCCUGGUCCUCGGAAUAAGCAAGGUGAAUUCAUUACUCCCGCAUUAAAAGUCGGUGAUAAGGUAUUACUACCAGAAUACGGUGGAACCAAGGUAGAAUUAGAAGAAAAAGAAUAUCAUUUAUUCCGUGAAACCGACUUAUUGGCGAAAUUAGAAUAAUUCGAUGGCGUUACGAAGGGAAAAAUCCGUAGAGUAGUAUUAUUUGAAGAACGAAUAUGAGAUCGAUGAACUUACUCUUGAGGUGUUUUUGUAUGUUAUUCCAUUUCUUUUUUUGUAAUUGGUAUUUUUCUGUUGGCAUUCAACUGUAAAUCUGCUGAAUGUUCUGUAAUCUUGUUUUUUUGUACUGAGAUGUAGUUGCGUAAUAAACUUAACACGAACGUGUGUAUUAUUUUCAA